AUGCUGCAUACUGUGUAUUUCAGGCCCGGCAAGUUCAGCUCCGACGUCCACAAGGUGACGUACUGCCUGGCGGUCGCCUACGUCACCCGCAGGACGCUGAGGAUCAAACCGUUGUGGUGGCUCGCCGGCUGCGCCAGGAGAAAGACUGGCGACUACGUCACGUGGCAGCACCUGCUGUCCGGCGACGUCUGGCGGCGUAGGGCGAGCUACGCCGGGGUGUUGGAACUUUCCAGAGGCGGAUUUGACAUUUUGGUGAACGCCGACGAGGAGCACCCCUCAACAUUGCCAGAUUUCUUCACCAACGUCAUUCAGCCGUCAUUUACAGAACGUAUCCGGGAAUUUCACGAAGAACCGGAAGUUUGGCUUGUCGGUCAGAUGGCGGAUUUCAUAUUAAAACCGUUAAAAUCCAAGGUUGGAAAAAUAUUUCCCUCAUCUUUCUUUUUUUUACUAUACACGAAAACCUUAACUAACUUUGUAUCACUUUUACAUCUAACGUUGAAAUCAAAAUAUGGUUGGUUGUUCACUGGGGCGUCUUCAAGUUAAUAAAUCACUUUCCCCACAAAAUCUUUUGAUUGCAACCCUGUCUCAUUUCAGCUGUCUAUGAAUCCAAGAUAUGGCCUUAAAUCUCAUCACGUAAGAGAAAUAGGUAACAUUAAAACUCAGAUCGUAUAUUUCCCAACAAGAAAUGUGCUUGCAGGUGGGAUCCAGGGCGCUGGCAGGGAGGAAUCAUUGUUAUAGAUUUGUUUGGUUUAUAGCACUGCCUGGGCAACCCAUAUUCCAUUCUUGGUAGGUGAGAUGUGGUGUUUGAUGUGUGGGGCGUGUUGCUUGAUAUGUUAGAUGUGGUCUUUGACGUAAACGCAGCAAAUAUAAUCUUCUAAGACGGCUGGAAAUAAUGGUUUGCCUGUCAGACAAACCGACUUAACACUCUCCACGAAUAUAUCGUGCCCACCACACACUUUCCUUUGACCCGCUCUCCCUCUCUCUAUCUCUGUCUCUGUCUUUCUCUGUCUCUGUCUCUGUCUGUCUCUGUCUGUCUCACUCUCUCUCUCUCUCUCUCUCUCUCUCUCUCUCAUUCUCUCACACACACUCACACACAUGCAUGCCCCAUUCUUAAGAAAAGUUUUACGUUCCCCAAUGAUUGGUUUAUCAACGGUGUCAACCUAACCCACACUAGGAUGCUUGCGCCCUGAAGUGGUGAGAGAAAGCAUUUCAAAGAAUGCGAGGAAACACAUUGAGACAGCAGCUUUUACAUUAUGGUUUUGAUAUAACUUUUUAGAUAAUUUAAACAUUUCUUCGUUAACAAUUCCUUUGUGUAAUAUGUUCCAAGUUUAUUUUUAUAGUUCCACAGGUCUCUGAAAUUCAACAAAUAAAUAAGGAAUCCAAAUUCGUUCAAGUUUGAAAUGGAUUGGGACUUUUAUAAAGGGCGGUGGGGGUGGGGGUAGUGGGAUGAGACUUUGUUAAACGAUUUGUUUGGGGAUGUGGGACUAGUUAAAUACUUUCUCUAGGGUGCGGAUUAUUAAAGAAAGGUUUGGAUAGCACUGUAUUAUAAUUAAUUAGAACAAACUAGUUUUUUUUUCCUUACACAUAUUUUUCUUAAAACGCAAAUCUUCAACAUGUACUCCCCUAGGUUGACUUGAAUAAAGCGCGGGAAGAAAUGGCUUUCAGGCAUCCAAUCGUUGGCCUCUAUCUCCACCGUACAGACAACACCAGCCAAUCACUUGCCUCGCUGAUGAAACAUGUGAUCAGCUUGGGACAAGAAGGACAAUCGUUCAAGACGCGCGUAUUUGUCGUGACCCUCGACCCUGACCUCUUCAAGAUGUUGCAAGAAAUCUUCCCCGAAUACACGUUUCUACAGCGGAAGAGAUCCGACAAGAAAGACUUCCUCACACAAGAGCUCUACCUAGAUGUGUAUUUCCUGUCACGGUGCGACUAUCUUGUGUGUAGUUUCAAGUGGCACAUGUGUAGACUCGCCUAUGAGCUGAUGCAGACGGCUCGCAGUGACUUCUCAGGCCGGGCGUUGGAGCUGAGUCAAAAUUGGUUCUUUGGUGGUUUUAGGAGACCCUGA